AUGUUCCUUGCCUGCUGUCCACUGCCUCUCUGCUGUCCUUUAUUCCUGGUCUCUGUCUCUCUGUCUCGCUGUCUCGCUCGCCUUCAGGAGAUCACGGACACCACGUCCUUCGACCCCGCCCCAGUGUCGGAGAACUCGUACCAUCACCUCCGCAUCACAGUCACUAGCGGCGGCUGCCACGGCUUCCAGUACCUGAUGUCCCUGGAGCCUGCAUCCAAGAUCGACGUUGAAGCAGACACCGUCUUCGAGGGCGAGGAAGACGUCGCGACGGUGGCUGGCGAAGCCAAGGUCGUUAUAGACGAGCCUUCGCUAGAACUUUUGCACGGUAGCACUGUAGACUAUACGACUGAGUUGAUUGGAAGCCAGUUUAAGAUUGUGGAUAACCCAAGGGCUACGAGCAACUGUGGUUGCGGAACGAGUUUUGACGUCAUUGAUUAA